GCACUAGCUGCUACCGCGCCAGAUCACCCCUAUCGAGGAUGGAGAGAGGAUAACCUGGGGCACGUGAUCUACACAAGGUUCAAGCACGUAGGAGCCCUUGGUGACCUCCAGAGCGCCAUUGAUCAUGGCGAAGCGGCACUAGCUGCCACCCCUAUAGGUAGCCCUGAUCGGAUGAUUAGAGAGUAUAAUCUAGGAGGCGCGGUCUCUGCGAGGUUUGAGCGGAUAGGAGACAUUAAUGACCUCCAAAAAGCGAUCAAGCAUAGAGAAGAGGCACUGAAAAAUUGCCCUAAAGACCACCCCGACAGAGCAAGAAUGUGCGCUAGCCUUGGUGGGGAUUUGCAAUUGAGACACUUAAAUCUACACUCUGUCGGGGACUUAAACGAGGGCAUACUCCUAUACCGGGAGGCCUAUCGUUGCCGCACCUCACCCCCCAGAUAUCGGAUGGAGGCUGCCCACAAGGCAGCUUUUUUACUGUAUUCAAGUGGAAGGUUUCAUGAAUCAAGUUUCAUACUCGAGGAUGCGGUUGACUUAAUGCCGCGUAUUGACUUACGAUUCCUAAAACGAGAUGACCAACAACACAUAUUGUCGGAACUUUCUGGGUUAGCAUCGAUUGCGGCUUCUGUGACACUUCAGGCUGGGAGAGGAGCCUAUGCGAGUCUCAAGUUAUUGGAACUUGGCCGUGGAAUAAUUAUGGGCUUUUCGAUUGAAUCAAGAUCUGAUUUCUCGGAUCUCAAGACCAGCCACCCCCUGUUAUUCGACAAAUUUCACACUCUUCGACUCGAGAUUGAUUCCCCAGUGGAUGUGAUGGACUGCAAAACUAAUGAGACUCCCGAUCAACGGCGAAACCGGACUAUAUCUAGACGCUGGGAAGCUGUCAAUGAGAUGGAAGAAAUUCUGAAGCGCAUCCGCAGUGUGCCAGGCUAUGACAGAUUCCUGCUCCCGCCUUCCCGGAAUGCGCUGAUGAAGAUGGCAGCAAAGGGCCCCAUCGUUGUCUUCAACAGCACUAUUUGCAGGAGCGAUGCCAUAAUUGUCACCACUUCGAGUAUAACUUCGAUAGAACUUCCAAAGUUGAGGUAUGAGGAAACAGGCCGGCGCAUGAGGCAAUUUGCUGGCUUCGGGGGAGGGGGGUUCCUUAAGCAAGGCCAGGAUAACAAAGAUAUGAAAGACCUCCUCAUUUGGUUAUGGGAUGCAUCAGUUGGACCCGUUUUUGAUCACCUUGAAAGUGACGGCACCCCUAUCAGCGAGAACGUUCAUGACCCCAAUUUGAAGCGGAUUUGGUGGAUUGGGGUAGGGCAAUUAAGUGUGGCACCCUUCCAUGCGGCGGGGGACCAUACCCGAGGGUCAACCUGUAAUACUUUAAGUCGGGCUAUUUCAACAUAUAUCCCGACAAUCAAAGCCCUCACCUAUGCACGU